AUGUCAGCUGGUAGCACAGACUUGUUAUAUUCUGUGUCAGUUACCUUUUCUGGUGGGGAAAAAAAUUACUUUCAGUUAAGGAUCAAAAAAUCUUCAUACCAAGUCACUUACACACACACGUUGGAGUCUGUAACUUAUUCAUUAGUGUUUAUAGGCAUAUUAAGACCAUCCAAAAAUGUAACUCCUCUGCUGGUAGCCCCGCACUUCAUUUCAGCCUCAAUAAACAAACCUACAAUAUUUUUUAAAGUAGUUUUUCUAAUGGAUUUUUUUUUACUUAGGGGACAGAACUUUGUAACAGCUCUUAGUGUUUCUAUGUGA